AUUUGGUUCAGCUAUCGAGAGUUAAACGUAUUGGUAAUUUCACUUCGGUCACAAGUUUGGCUAUAAAGGCGAAAAAAUAGUUUUCAAGAUGGCCAUCGGAGAACGAAAAUUCCACCAUUUUCACCACUUUUACAGGGCACUCUGGACUGUAUUCUUGGUCAUCAUUGCGCUUAUUUCGCUUAUUGAAAUUGUGUUCAUCGUUACGACAUACCUUAGCUAUCCAAGUCGCACUGAAGUUGUCAUGGUAACAAGAGAACAAGCACCAUUCCCAUCUGUUACAGUUUGUAAUGUGAAUAGAUUACGCAGGUCUGCUGUAGCUAACAGCCAGUACGAGCAACUAUUGUCAUUGGAUAGUCUGGGCUCUAUUUCGCACUUGAUGCCAUAUAUGGGUCCGUGUUUGAGUGGCGACUUCGAGUGUGGUGGCGAGUGUGUCAAAUGGUACAUGCAAUGCAAUGGUGUUGAGGAAUGUAGGAACGGCGAAGACGAAAUAAAUUGUGCAAGUGACACAGUUAUUCCGUAUGGUGGUAGUCGUCUGAACUGCGACGGUGGUGACGCCGUAUUUGCGUGCGAUAAUUCAGAAUGCGUUUCAUCUGUACAGCAAUGCGACUAUUUUGACAACUGUGGAGAUGGAAGUGACGAACGAAACUGCACAUAUUACGACCAGGAUUGUGGCAGUGAUGGAGUGACCUGCUUUGAAUCGGAUACAUCCUAUUGUGUUCCUGCGGACUUGGUGUGCGAUAGAAUAAAACAUUGCAGAACAAACGGAGAAGAUGAAAAUAACUGUGAUUAUCCCGACAUUGGUUCAAACGAUUUGUUUUCGGCGAACUGGGAAGAUUCUUAUUUGCAUCUCACCGACUCGGAUGAUUUUUAUGAAGACUUUCGUGAGAACAUUUAUCGGGAACCAGUCUAUGGCGACGAUGGUAAACUGUCACUAAUUAAUACCCUGUUAUUAAGUCGGUCAUCGCGCGUGAAUGACGUCAUUGAGCAGACGGUGAAAUUUAACACGGAAGAAUUGAAGACCUUGGGUCACCAAUUUGAAGAUAUGCUGAUAAAGUGUCAAUACAAUGGAGGGAAGUGUGGACAUAGUGAUUUUACAGUCUUCCAGGACAAUAAACUUGGAAACUGCUUUACGUUCAACAGCCCAUCUCCCGUCAACGUGGCGGGCACUCAAAACGGAUUGAAAUUGACGUUGUCCCUGGAGCAAGACGAAUACCUUGGUUUGUUCACUAGCGGUGAAGUCGGUGUGAAAGUAUUGAUCCAUGACCCGGAUGUAAAGCCAUCUCCGGAAACAGACUGGUUUUAUGCCCGCUCUGGAGUCUCAACGAGUAAAGAAAUAAAACGGGUUGAAAUCAAACGUUUGUCGGAACCAUUCGGGCGGUGUUCGGCCGAGUAUUCAUCAGUUAAUGAAUGCCGUGAAAAAUGUUUACGAUACGAGAUGCUUGAAUACUGCGGUUGCACGGACUCCUUGAUUGCUAAUGAGACUGCACCAUGUGAUGUGACCGACAUCCGUCAAGAUUUAUGUCUUCAGCUGCUUCGUCACAUUCAUCGUACAGGGGUAGUUACAUGUGACUGUCCAUUGCCGUGCAGUGAGACUAAAUACAAGGUGGAAAUGACAUCAGAGGCAACAUGGCCGUCAUCACCGUAUGUUCCACAUCUGUUAGAAGAAUUGCGGUACAGUAAUGUGACGUCACAGGUACUCAACGACGAAACAGCAAUACGGCGAAACUUGUUGCUACUGGAAACCUACUAUGGGUCAAUGGAUUCUGAGAACGUUGCGAGUUUUCCUGAAUACACGAUGCAGAAGCUCAUGAAAGAUAUCGGCGUUUCCAUAGCAAUAUACUUGUCACUGUUCAUGAUUAUUGCGUUAUUGGUUUACGUUUGUUGUGGUCCAAAAUGUGAUACCCAGAAAAAGAAGGAUGUUGAAAUAACCUCCAAAAAGAACUCCAUCGAUGCAACGACAAAUUUUUAAAUUCUCAAUGUGAAGAAUGAUGACGUCACAACUGUUUGUCUUACUGCUCGUUGUCGUACCCCAACAAGCACCUUAGACUUUUAGUUACCUGACCGAGGUUUCAAAAAUUCCCGUUAACGUACAAGAAUUGAUAACGUUAUGAAAGUUAUAUCGCGAAUUUGACGAGUUUUAGGGGGGGUUGCAUCUCCGGUAGGCUCGAGUUUCUGUCUCUGUCUUUUUCUCGCGCCUUCUGUAAUUUUUAGUUGUUCAUGAUUGUUAUACUGCCCUCAGCGGUAUUUUUUCAUUACGCUGCUCACGGUUCGGCUCAAAAUCACAGUAGUGUAAACAGCAAUAUAUUGGAACCGAGUUUACCCCAUCCCAAUGACUCGACCAAAAAACGUUGAUCGGCCAGUAGGAGAAGUGGGUGUGUGAACAAUAGUAGAGCCCAUUGAAAUCAUAAUUACAAUGCAAUUGUUGACAAAUAUUAUUUUGUAAACGUAUUCGAAAUGAAUAUCAAUGCAGGUAUAUAAUACAGUCUUAGACAGGCCAACUUUAGAACUUGUAUAUUUGUGAAUUGUGGUCAAUUUCAUUUUUGUAAACCAGUAAACCAGAGUUUCUUUGGUCAAAGCUGUUUCAAACUCUAGUUCGCUCAUGAUGAGCGUGACAGUGGAGAGACUCACGACUUGAACCAUGUUUCUGCAGUAAAGUUGUACAGUGGUCUCUGUACUAACUGAGACAGUGAUAUAAGCAGAUAUUGGUCACGUGUGAGGCCAUGCAAAAAGUGUCCAAUGAUUCUACUACUUGUAUGUAUCUGGUUUGCUGUGUACAUCCGGGUCACUUUUUUCUUGUCUGAUCAUCGGCACACAAUAAUAUAGCAUGCUUCAACCAAGUUGGCGUUUGUAGAAAACCUCCAAAAACUUGGGAAAUCGAUUAUAACAACUAUUAAUAUUCUAAAUGAGAGGUAAACAUGAAUAUUGGAAAUAUACCGAAAUAAAUUGUAUUGUUUUUGGUAAAAGCAAGCACCACACUUUAGAGCAGUGAUCACGAGGCAUAUAACUGUGAAUAUAUGUACUAUAGAAAAUAACUACCAGAUUUAACCUCAUUUACUUAUCCGAUCCUGGAGUGUGAGUAUUGUGAAAACUCUUGCCUUUUUUCAAACAUUUGUAACUUUGUACUCAUAACUCUAAAAUAAUAUCUAGUGUACACCACAAAAACAACGUCUACUAGUCUGAACCAGGGACCAAUUUGGAUACUAACUUUUGCCAUAAACUCAUGGAUCAAGUUUGUGUUCACAUUAAUUGUAUUUUUAUUCGGGGUACGAUUCAAACGAAAAGCACAGUAGCGAACCAAAUAAACGUGACAUAUGAUUAUGCUAAUAUUAUGCAUUUAGCUUGAAAUUAAUUUGGGCCAGAGAAGGGUUUAAUUUAGUUUAUGGAAUUAUCAAAACAGCAAACAAUUUAAUUAUUAUAUAUUUUGAUGACUGAAAUAAGCUGAUGAAACAACUGUGUUAUAUAGUACACUCUUGUUUACAAUGCGGUUGUCAAAUAUGUAUAACGAAAUCGAUAUUAUUUUAUAUUGGUCGUAGUGUUUUAUUAUAUUCUAUCAUUUUUUAUAUAAAAUUUGUUAUUUACCGUUAUCGUAAUGGAUUUCUGCUAUAUAUAAUUACGUUCUCGUGUAAUUUUUGUAUUCAUUUUUUUUAUUGUAUCGUUCCCCUAAUUUCAUUUGUGUUUAGUAAAAAAAUUACUUGUAUUGUUAAACUGGAGUUAACAACACGGAUGUCUUCCGCAUUAUUUUUGUACAACGGGGAGUACAUAUUUGAUACUAAUACUGUAAAAUACUUUAUUUUAGCUGGAAUUAAUUUUCGCUGAAAAGACUUUUUGGGUGUAUGGAUGUUUAUUUUCACUAUUUUUGGCGAGUUAAAUAUAUCUGUUCCUCUUGAAAAGAACAUGACUUGUAUGCAUUGUUUCUACACGUGUUUCGCACGUGACUUGUUCAUGUAUAUCCACCUGAACCAUCGACUGCAUAGAAGAACAAACAAACAAACAAACAAACAAACUGUGAACAAAUGGAACUAGUUUUGCUGCGAUGAACUAGGUUACAAUGAAUACACGUAAAGAAACAACGCGGAUAGCUUUACGUGAUAUUGCCCUUCUGUUUCUAGUUCUAUUUCUGGUUCAUAAUUUAUGAUUUUGGUAAGAACAAUAGAAAACGAAUUUUCGUUACAGCAGUAUUCUGUUGUGACAUCCUAUGCAAAUUUAUGUAAACGCAUUUAUGCAGUGUGAGGAUCAUUUUCAAAGUCUAAACUAUCAAGACGUUUAAUAAGUUAGUUUAAUACUAACCGUGUAACUAAAAAUGCGUUUUUAGUUCCGCAUUAUACUGCUCUUUAAGGUCAUUAACACAAUAAACAAAGUACAUCUUGCUUUACUUAGGGAA